AUGCAGUGGGCCAUUACGCUGGACGCUUUACCUCCGAGUACGAUGCGUUUAUUGGCUUUUCGACGCUCUGUUCUUAUGCUAUCCGUGCUGACUUUCGAGCUUAUGGGACUGGUUAUAUUGUCGCUGGAGCUCUUCGCUUUGGACCGCUGGAUUGUACCCAAAAUUGCAGUUGUGGAUCGAGUUAUCUUCGGUCGUCGUGUCGAAGUGAGCACUUUGUCAGCCUUGGUCUCGCGUCUCUGGACUAUUUUCCUCUGGGAUUGCAAGCUCAUGUGGUUUCUCUCUGCUGCACUUCGUCGUCAACGUCAACGCUGCUGUUGA